CAGUUGGUCUCCCGGUCUCUGCGGCCCCAGCAUGGUGCGGCCCGGGGAGGCCCUGGACUUCGAGCUGCCUUCGCACGCCCGGGACACGCUGGCCGGCCUGCAGCGGCUGCGCUGGGAGCCCAAGCUGGCGGACGUGACGCUGCUGGUGUCGGGCCAGGAGCUGCCGGCCCACCGCGGGGUGCUUGCGCUCAGCAGCCCCUUCUUCAGGGCCAUGUUCGCGGGCGACUUCGCGGAGAGCCAGGCGGCGCGCGUGGAGCUGCGGGGCGUGUGCCCGAGGGCGGCGGGGGCCCUGCUGGACUUCGCCUACAGCGGGCGGCUGCGGGUGACCCGGGCCGAGGCGCAGGGGCUGGCGGUGGCGGCCGCCCGGCUGCACUUCCCCGUGGCGCUGCGGGUGCUGGAGCGCUUCCUGCGGCAGCAGCUGGACGCCACCAACUGCCUGGGCCUGCGGGAGCUGGGCGAGCGGCUGGGGCUGGCGGGGCUGGCCGCGCACGCCCGCGCCUUCCUGCGCCUCCACUUUGGGGCCGUGGCCCGCGGGGCCGAGUUCCUGGAGCUGCCGGCCGAGCGUCUGGCCGCCUGCCUGGGGACGGAGCUGCUGCAGGCGCGGCCCGAGCGGGCCCGGCUGGGGGCCCUGCUGCGUUGGGUGUGCCACGACCCCGCCGCCCGCCAGGCCCGCCUGCCCGCGCUGCUGGGCCUGGUGCCCCCGCACGCCCUGCCCCGCGCCCACCUGCGGCGCCUGCUGGCCUCCGAGCCGCUCCUCAGGGAUUGUGCGGCCUGCCGGGAGGCCUUGGCACAGGGCCCUGGCCAGGCGCUGCCAGAGGCGUGCCCGCAGAACCUGGAGGAGGUGCUGGUGGUGGUGGGCGGCCGGGCGCUGGAGGAGGAGGAGGCGGAGGGCCAGCCCGCAGCCCCGCUGGCUAACUUUGCCUUCUACCACCACAAGGCCAAGACCUGGAUGUCACUCCCCGACUUCCCCGACUACCACAAGUGGGGUUUCUCCCUGGUGGCCCUGAACAAUGACAUCUACGUGACAGGUGGGUCCCGGGGCACCAGGUCGGACAGCUGGUCCACGACGCAGGCCUGGUGCUUCCCGGGCCUGGAGGCGGCCUGGCGGGCAGUGGCGCCCAUGCACAGGGCCCGCACCAACCAUGCCAGUGCCACGCUCAACGGAGAGGUGUAUGCUGUGGGGGGCACCGCCCUGGAUGCCGUGGAGGUGGAGACCUACGACCCCCACGCGGACACCUGGACGCCUGUGAGCCCCGCACCCAAGUAUGUCAGCAACUUCUCGGCCGCUGGCUGCCAGGGCCGCCUUUACCUGGUGGGCUCCAGCGCCUGCAAGUACAACGCAUUGGCCCUGCAGUGCUACCAGCCGGCCACAGACACCUGGACGGUGGUGGCCUCGCCCUUCCUGCCCAAAUACCUGUCCUCACCACGCUGCACCGCCCUGCAGGGGGCGCUCUACCUGGUAGGCGACAACACCAAGAAGGUUCACGUGUACGACCCCGACGCCAACCUGUGGCAGAAGGUGCAGCCCCUGCACAGCCUGCAUGAGAACGGGGCUCUGGUGGCCCUCGGGGACACGCUGCUGGUGACGGGGGGCCGCUGGCAGGGCCUGGAGGGGGACUACCACGUGGAGAUGGAGGUCUACCGGCCGGGCCGUGACGCCUGGGCCCGCCUGGGUGCCCUGCCCCGCCUCUGGCUCUACCAUGGAGCCUGCAGCCUGUUGCUGGAUCUGGCCCGCUGGACACAGCCCUUCCGGCCCGUCCCCGAGCCCUGAGCUGGGGGAGCCCCCAAGGGCCCCUUCAAGCCAACUGACUAAGGAGUUUUGUGGGUCCCAUGCUCCCCCAGUGAGGGCUCCGUGCUCCCCCAGUGCUGCCUUGUGCUCCCCCAGUGAGGGCCCCGUGCUCCCCCAGUCUGGCCCUGAGAUCCCCCAGUCUGGCCCCGUGCUCCCCCAGUCUGGCCCCGUGCUCCCCCAGUGUGAGGCCCCGUGCUCCCCCAGUCUGGCCCUGUGCUCCCCCAUCUGGCCCCAUGCUCCCCCAGUCUGGCCCCGUGCUCCCCCAGUCUGGCCCCGUGCUCCCCCACUUUGGGACCUUCCCAGUGGCUCUGGGGGAGUCAUGGAGUUUGGAGUGACGAUACCUGAGGCUGUGCGUCCCCACCCCACUCCUUGCUCCCAAGCACCACUCUGGGGGUCCCCAGGGGGCUGGUCUGUCACCCCCAUCAAGGGCAGCCUCAGGGGGCAGGGGUCCCCCAAAGGCCUCAGGGCAAGGAGAGGGAGGGGUGCCCCGGCCAGGGGUCCAGCAUUUUCUGAGGUGCUUUGCUUAUGCACAGAGCUCCGCAUCACCAGGCUGGACCCCAGGGGAGGUGGGCGACCCACAGGGACGGGGGGCUGGAAGGGUGCCCUGGACCUCUGGAAGGCACACAGACUCGGGGAGCCGGGCUGCUGCCUGCCGCCUGCCAGGGGCUGCUCUCUCGAAGGCUAAGCCCAGGUCCCAACCCUGGCGCCACAUGGAAGCAACAUGGUCCCAGGGGAAGCUCCAUAGUGCUGUGGCCUCUCUCCCUCUGUCUCUGUGUGUCUCCAUCUCUUUCUAGCUGGAAAAGCCAGCCUGAAGCAGUGACCUGGUGUGAGUGUGUGUGUGUGAGUGUGUGUGUGUGAGAGUGUGUGUGAGUGUGUGUAAGU